GGUGGUUCCUGCGGUGCAGCCUCCCUCGCUUGUCAGCUGUGAGAAAAAAGACAACAUGUUGCCUUUCGUGGGCUUGAACAAUCUGGGUAACACUUGUUACCUGAACAGCGUACUUCAGGUAUUGUAUUUUUGUCCUGGUUUUAAAACUGGAGUCAAACAUUUGUAUAACAUCAUUUCAAAGAAGAAAGAAUCUUUGAAGGAUGAAGGAGAGCAAAGAGCAGAAAAGGGGAAUUGUAAAGAAGAUCCACUGGCGAGUUACGAACUCAUCUGCAGUUUGCACUCGUUGAUCCUUUCAGUGGAGCAGCUUCAAGCCAGCUUUCUCUUAAAUCCAGAAAAAUACACCGAUGAACUUGCUACUCAGCCACGAAGGCUACUAAAUACCCUUAGAGAGCUCAACCCUAUGUAUGAAGGCUACCUGCAGCACGAUGCCCAGGAGGUUCUGCAGUGUAUCCUGGGUAACAUUCAAGAAACGUGCCAGCUCCUGAAGAAGGAAGAGUUGAACAGACUGCCCGUGGAAGAGCCUACAGCUGCACUGGAGGCAAAACUUCAUCAGAAUACUGAGAGCAACGGAACUGGCGGUCCUGCAGAGGAGGAGGAGGAGAACGUACCGAAUGGCCAGGCUGGAGAGGCAGCCGAAGACAAGCUACUCAAAGGAAACGGGAAGAGAAAAAGCGAUGCCGAGGGUGGCAACGCGAAGAAAAAAUCCAAAGUAUCGAAAGAGCAGGUGGCAGCAGAAGAAAAUCAACGACAAACCAGGUCAAAGAGGAAAGCAACAGGAGAGAAGCUAGAAAAUCAAACUGAUGCCAUUGCCAAGUGCUCCAGUGAAAGUGAGAGUGCGAAGCCAACACAGAAGAAGUCACGGCUUAGGUUAAACUGGUUAAAAUCUUCAUGCAAACAGCCUAGUAUUCUUUCUAAAUUUUAUAGUCUAGGAAAGUUAACUACAAACUUGGGAUCCAAAGACCCAGGGAAAGAAUACCACGACUGUGAGCUCGAAGAGUCAUCUGUCAAGUGCAAAAAUGGUAACAAUGUUAAAGAAGAAUAUCGUGAACCAGCGUCUCCUGUGGAAAGCCACAAUGAAAACGAAGCUGAAAAAGAGCCAAAAAAGGAAGGUACAGAGCUGGCUGUUUUUGAACUAGUGGAGAAACUGUUCCAGGGCCAGCUGGUACUGAGAACGAGAUGCCUGGAGUGCGAGUGCUUUACUGAACGAAGAGAAGAUUUUCAGGACAUCAGUGUUCCAGUGCAAGAAGACGAGCUUUCUAAAACUGAAGAGAGUUCUGAAAUUUCUCCAGAGCCAAAAACAGAAGUGAAGACUCUUAAAUGGGCAAUUUCACAGUUUGCGUCAGUGGAAAGGAUUGUGGGAGAGGACAAAUAUUUCUGCGAAAACUGCCACCAUUACACAGAAGCAGAACGCAGCCUUCUGUUCGAUAAAAUGCCUGAAGUUAUAACAAUUCACUUGAAGUGCUUUGCUGCUAGUGGCUUAGAGUUUGACUGCUACGGCGGGCUCUCCAAGAUAAACACGCCCUUGCUGACGCCUCUCCGACUGUCCCUGGAGGAGUGGAGCACGAAGCCGACCAACGACACCUACGGAUUGUUUGCGGUGGUCAUGCACAGCGGCAUCACCAUCAGCAGUGGCCACUACACGGCGUCUGUCAAAAUCACGGAUCUUAACAGCCUGGAGCUGGACAAGGGAAACUUCAUCACUGACCAAAUGUACGAAAUGAUUAAGCCAGAACCCCUGAACGAGGAGGAGGCCAGAACCGUUGCUGAAGACUACGACGACGGCGAAGUCUCUUUCAGAGUCAACGGGAACGCGCAGCCGGGCAAGGUUCUGAACAAAAAGAACAUGGAAGCUGUCGGACUUCUGGGGGGGCAGAAGAGCAAGCCUGACUGUGACCUGUACGCCACCAAACCAGCUAACCCCGAGAAGCUCCUCAGCGUCGUCACCGAGAGCAGAAAUCCCGAGGCUAGCAGUAGUCACGGGAGCGCGGAGUGCGGCGCGGAACACGGCGAGCAAAGCGGCGCCGCUUCCAGUGGACUCGAAAACAAAGCUCUGUGCGUGCUGCAGAGCCUGAAAGAGUACCAAGGGAAGUGGCUGCUUUUCGACGACUCGGAAGUGAAGGUUACAGAAGAAAAGGACUUUCUGAAUUCUCUUUCUCCGACGUCGUCAUCUACAUCAACUCCUUACCUACUGUUUUAUAAGAAGAUUGUAGAGUGAUGCUGUAUUUUGACUGUAAAUACGACAGACUUGCGUACGCCUGCUGGUCCGAUCUGCAUCGAACCUACCUGGAGGAAACAGCUGUUUGUUUUUGA